GAAGUAGACCUCUGUAGAAAAAGAUUGGUGCGCAAGCCGUAAAUGGGCGGGGCUCCGAGUCACGUGACCCCUCAACGUAGCCUCAAUGUGGCUCAGGGGACCGUCACUGCUGUUGGGUCUGGUGGGGACCAGAGGUUUGCUGAGAAGCAUGUGUGCUCAGGUAGGAGACUGGCAGACCGCCAAGUCGAUCUACGAGUUUUCUGCCAAGGACAUUGAUGGCAAUGAGGAAUCACUGGAGAAAUACAGAGGCUAUGUAUGCAUCAUAGUCAACGUGGCCUCUAAAUGAGGAAAAACCAGAGUAAACUACACUCAGCUAGCGAGAAUGCACGACUCCUAUGCUGAAAAAGGUUUACGCAUCCUGGGCUUCCCAUGCAACCAGUUUGGAGGACAGGAGCCAGGCACUGACGCAGAGAUUAAAGAGUUUGCUAAAGGCUACAACGCAGAGUUUGACCUUUUCAGCAAGAUUGAGGUGAAUGGAGACAACGCUCACCCUCUGUGGAAGUGGAUGAAGGCUCAGCCCAAAGGCAAAGGAACCCUGGGAAAUUCCAUUAAAUGGAACUUCACAAAGUUUCUUAUAAACAGAGAGGGACAAGUGGUGAAGAGAUACGGCCCCACCGAUGAUCCCGUUGUGGUGGAGAAGGACCUGCCCACCUACCUCCAAUACUAGGUCCUGACUAUUCACAUGAGCUUCAGUGUUUUGGAGUGUGUGUAUCUGGACCAGUGACGGUCUCUCUGUAAACCUUACAUUGGGGAGGGCAGACCUGAUGAUCCUCAGCGUGCAAAUAAUUUUUCCAGAGCGCACACACACCAAACACUAAGAGCAGGUGAAAGUCCUUUACUAGUCAUUCAGAGAACCUUCAACCUUGAAACAGCGUAUUCUUCCUUUUAAUCGCAAACCUGCUAGUUCUUUAUUAGUGUGAAACAACACCUAUCCAUGGCUUUUUGUGUUGCAUGGACACAUGCCAAAUGUUUUGCACCAAAUUCUGCAAUGCUAUAAAUAAUUUCUCACAAACUACCCAACAGCUUGUUGUUGUACAAUGACUUGUCCUGCCAUAAUAAAUGGUAAAUGAAUGCUGUCUUAGACACAGAUUGUCAUUUCAGAUGCACUGAAAAAAAAAGUAUUAAAAUGACAUCACGUGAAUCUCAA